AUGUUAAACAAUUUAACACACCUAAUGUUUCCUUUAACUCUAAGAACUUUAACCGUUCGUUCACAAUUGGUUCUGUCAAACAGUUUCCAUACAAGUACUUUAAAUUAUGCUGUAAAAAAGACAACAUCAGCCGCUGGCGGUGUACUCGGUCUUGGAAAAGGAAAGAGAAAAGGGGGAAAAGUGAGUGCAAUGGAAAAGAAAACACUUCCAGUAGAGUCAGAUCCAGAAAAGCUUGUAAACUUUGUUUGUGGAUCUAACAUUUACGUCACUGGGGAGGAUGUUAAAAUAAAACCUGAUAGCGAGUACCCAGAUUGGCUAUGGACACUAAAUACUGGAGCUCCACCUCGAAUCGAAGACCUAGAUCCUAAUACUAAAGAAUACUGGAAAAGAGUGCGGGCUGCUGGACCGGGACCGGGUGCUUACAAGUUACCCACUACCGUGGGAUUCCCCGACCAUGACCCGUCGAGAAACAGAAGUCCUAUGUACUCUUUCGGUAUGAACGCUGGCGGUAGAUUUAAACAGCUUGGACCUGGUCCUGCAUACAAAAUCGACCGCAUCACGAGAGACGGACUCAUUUCAUCACCGGCCUGGAGUUUUGGCGCGAGGUUGCCGGGGCGUCCAGCCCUCCGAAUCCCAGGGCCUGGUGCUCACGCACCGGAGCGGUGUCCGCCGAUGCGCGACCCCAGAGCACCCCAGUACAGUAUGGGAGCACGCCUGGGUUUCGCCCUAAAGCGGCCAGGACCGGCGCCAAACGCAUACGCACUACGGUUAGGUCCUGGCACUCCAGCGUACACAAUGGGCGCACGAGUGGGCUUCAAUUUGAAGCCAAGAUCCCCUGGCCCGGCGGUAUACUUCCAACGCGACACGGACGUGUAUAGAAAUCGGGCGCCUAUCUAUAGCCUUGCGGCACGUUCGGAGGGCGCUGGAAAGGCGACGAAAACACCCGGGCCGGCAGCCUAUCCGCCUAACUUGUAUAACACUAAGAAGAACCCAUACGCAUAUUCGUUCGGCACGAAGCACGCAGACUACGCGUGCCCCAUGAUAAUCAAAGAAGACACGAUGGACUGUCUUUAA